AUGGACGUCACCGUGAGCCCCAGUGUCUCUGCCGGGACCCCCGCGCCUCCCCUCUCGUCGGACCGCAUCAAGAAUGCUGCGGACAUCUCAGUCAUUGUCAUCUACUUCGUGGUGGUCAUGGCCGUGGGGCUGUGGGCCAUGCUGUCAACCAAUCGUGGGACUGUUGGAGGCUUCUUCCUGGCAGGCCGGAGUAUGGUGUGGUGGCCGAUUGGUGCCUCUCUCUUUGCCAGUAACAUUGGCAGUGGCCACUUUGUGGGGUUGGCCGGGACUGGAGCAGCAUCAGGCAUUGCCAUAGGAGGCUUUGAAUGGAAUGCCCUUGUGCUUGUGGUUGUCCUGGGCUGGGUGUUUGUACCAAUCUACAUCAGGGCUGGGGUGGUGACAAUGCCAGAAUACCUAAGGAAGCGAUUUGGUGGGAAGCGCAUACAAGUCUACCUGUCUGUCCUUUCUUUGUUGAUUUACAUUUUUACCAAGAUCUCGGCUGACAUCUUCUCAGGAGCCAUAUUCAUUAAGUUGGCCUUGGGACUUGACCUGUACGUGGCCAUAGUUAUUCUUCUGCUCAUCACAGCCCUUUAUACCAUCACAGGGGGCCUGGCAGCUGUGAUCUAUACGGACACCUUACAGACUGCCAUUAUGCUGGUGGGAUCCUUGAUCCUGGCCGGGUUUGCCUUUAAUGAAGUUGGGGGCUAUAAUGCCUUCAUGGAGAAGUACAUGAAAGCCAUUCCAAGCAAAAUCUCUGAGGGGAACUUCACUGCCCCUUCCGAGUGCUACACACCGAGGGCAGAUUCCUUUCAUCUGUUUCGUGAUCCUAUAACCAGUGACCUCCCCUGGCCGGGUCUUAUCUUUGGCCUUGCCAUCCUUGCCCUGUGGUAUUGGUGCACUGAUCAGGUCAUCGUGCAGAGGUGCCUCUCAGCCAAGAACAUGUCCCAUGUGAAGGCUGGCUGCAUACUGUGUGGUUAUCUGAAGCUACUGCCCAUGUUUCUUAUGGUGAUGCCUGGCAUGAUCAGUCGGAUACUCUACACAGAUAAGGUGGCCUGUGUCCUUCCCUCAGAGUGUGAAGCCCAGUGCGGCACCAAAGUAGGCUGUUCCAACAUUGCCUUCCCAACCCUGGUAGUGGAACUCAUGCCAAAUGGUCUUCGUGGCCUGAUGCUGUCUGUCAUGUUGGCCUCCCUCAUGAGCUCCCUCACCUCCAUCUUCAAUAGUGCCAGCACUCUGUUCACCAUGGACGUCUACACCAAAAUCCGGAAGAAGGCAUCUGAGAAGGAGCUUAUGAUAGCUGGAAGGGUGUUCAUGCUAGUACUAAUUGGUGUCAGCAUUGCCUGGGUCCCUAUUGUGCAGUCGGCUCAGAGUGGGCAGCUCUUUGACUAUAUCCAGUCAAUCACCAGUUACUUGGGGCCACCCAUUGGUGCUGUUUUCCUGCUUGCCAUUUUCUGCAAGAGAGUCAAUGAGCCGGGUGCCUUUUGGGGGUUGAUUGUGGGACUCCUGGUUGGACUGUCUCGAAUGAUUACAGAGUUCGCCUAUGGAACAGGCAGCUGUAUGGAGCCCAGCAACUGUCCUACGAUAAUUUGUGGUGUUCAUUACCUCUACUUUGCCAUUAUCCUGUUUGUAGUGUCCAUCAUUGUCAUUUUAGCUGUCUCUCUCUUGACUAAGCCCAUCCCAGAUGUGCAUCUUUAUCGCCUAUGUUGGAGUCUGAGGAACAGCAAGGAAGAACGCAUUGAUCUGGAUGCAGGUGAUGAGAAGGAAGUCCCAGAUGAUCCUGAAGACAAGUUGGAAAUAGAUGCAGAAGUCCCUCAGGAGAAUAAGAGCUGCCUCAGGAAGACCUAUGACAUGUUCUGUGGACUGGACCAGCAGCAGGGGCCCAAGCUGACCAAGGAGGAGGAGGCUGCCCUCAAGAUGAAGCUGACAGACACAUCAGAGAAGCCUUUGUGGAGAAAUGUUGUCAAUAUUAAUGGCAUCAUCCUCCUGGCUGUGGCUGUCUUCUGCCAUGCUUACUUUGCAUAGAUUCAGUUGGCCCCCUUCUGCAAACCAGGUUCCUGAAGGCCAAUCUCUCAUCCUUUCUCCACUACUGGAUUCCAUCCUGCACUGUCAUGGGGGAGGGGGAGAGAGGAAGAGAGUUGUAAAUUAGAACUAAGAAAUGAGUGUAUAUAUGUAUAAUUAGAGCAUAUACAAAUGAAAAAAAUUUCUCAUUGUUAAAUUAUAUUUCAAGCAAAAUGAAGAAAGGUGUAUAUACUAAAGCUUCCUAAAACAAUGGAG